GUGCCUCGUGCAAGGCCGCCUCCCCCGGCGCCUGUGGCACCGGACUCAGGUGCGGCUCAAUCGCCCCACUCCGAGGGGCAAACACCGUGGUACAUGAACGAGUGGGCUAUGCAGAUCAUGACACAGCUGCUCACGAUUGCAUUGACUCUCUUUGUCAUUGCAGUUGUCAGAGCUUGGAAUAGGUGGGCCCAGAAGCCUGGACCAGCACCGGUAACAGGGCCCCCCGCACCGACAUCGACUUCAACAACUACGACACCUCCGACUGGUGGACCAGAACAAGGCUCUACUAGGGAGAAGCCCGACAAGAAGUCUAUCGAUCCUGCAUCACCUGCAAAGAAUAAGACUGUUGAUGCAGCUCCGCCCCCGCCAAAGUCUGUGGAUGCAAAAGAUGGGCCUGCCGUGGAUGCUUCUCAACAAUCUGCGCAGGCGAGUACAGACGACUCUGGGGCCAAGAAGUCCCCAGGAACUGGAGAGACCAUUCAGGUGACCCCCAAGGUCCUCCACUCGGAGAUCAAGACAGUACGUGAGUGCCUACAGCAGUUUUCUGAGCGUGUCCUGGGCCUCCUUGAUGGCGCGGAGGGUUUGGGCGGGAAGACGGAUCAGACUAUCAAAGAGUCUGAAAGCAUUAAAAGGGAGAUCCUGACUGUCUUGAAGUACCUUGCUGCAAGCGACAAGGAUGUCAAGGACGUCAACACUCGCCUGACAGGCAUUGAGGCAGUGCUUGGCCAGCUGAAUGGUAGGGUGCAGACCAUCGGCACGAACUUCGACAGCAUGGCCAAGACGCAAGACUCCCUCUUGAAGGAGAUACAGAAGCACUUGACUGCCAUUGGUGGGGCGGCCAAGAGCUACAGCGCGGAUACCCAGCUGCUCAUAGGAGUGAAACACGAUAAUUUGGAGCACGGGAUCAAGGAGGUCUUGAAGCAGAUGAAGAACACCGACUUUGAGAGUCACUCCUCGGUGACUCGCCAGCUCACUGAGUUGUCGAAACAAACAGAUGGGUUGGGACAAGAGCUUUUGGCAGCGCUUCACCUGGUCCAAACGGAGCAGGCCAGCCACAAGGACAACAUCUGGCAGGUGGCCCAGGUGUUGGCCGACGCAGUAGACCAAGUGCGCACAAUCAGGGACUACUGCGAACGCCCGGUCCCGGUGGCGAUGCAGGGUGGAGGAGCUAUGCCGGGAACCUCGGCUCCGCCUCCUCCUAUGGCUCCCCCGAGCUACGAGCCGGCUAUCCCGGGUGGACGCCAACACAUCCACCUUCAACGCGCUCUGCCGAUCUCUCGCGCACAGGGCUCGUCGCCUCAGGUUACAGUGGACAUGGGAGAGGGAAGGAGCAUCAACAUCCCGGUUCACAUGCAGCGCUGA